UUGUUGAUGCGGCAGCUUUCUCUCUUUCUUUCUUUCUUCUUCUUCUUCUUCUUCUUUUUUUUUUUUUUUUAAUUCCUCAGAAAAUUGAAAGAAAAAAAAAUCCAUUGCUUGAGACUUAGUUUAGUCUUAAAUGGUGGUUGCAAGGAAGCUUCGUUCGAAGUAUGGAUGCCACCUAUGUAUGCUUCUCUCCUUUUUUCUCCCUUCUUUUUAUACCAUUUAUGUGUUUACCCUCUUUUAAUGCAUACAUAGGUGGCAUCCAUACUUCAAUCAACAAAACAGUUUCAAUAUUUCUGUGAAGUGAUCAAUCAUCUAAUACUGAAAAGGAUAUUUCUUCGGCAAUUACAGUUUUUCAUAUCACUGAAUAUCCUCAAUCUCAAUCAUUGCCAUGGGCUAACCAGUUCCCCUAAUUUCUCAAACCUCCCUAAUCUUGAGAGAUUGAUCUUUAAAAAUUGCACGAAUUUGAUUGAAAUUCAUGAAUACAUUGGAGAAUUAGAGAGACUGAUUUUGUUGAAUCUAGAAGGUUGCUAAAAUCUUAGGAAGCUUACAACUAAUUUUGGCCAGCUCAAAUCUCUUGAAAAACUCAUUAUCUCUGGUUGCUCAAAGCUUAUUGAGUUGCCUAAGGAGCUGGGCAAGAUGGAGUCUUCGAAAAUUCUCCUUGCAGACGGAACUGCCAUAAGUUGCUCAAAGCUUAUCGAGUUGCCUAAGGAGCUGGGCAAGAUGGAGUCUUUGAAAAUUUUCGUUGCAGACGGAACUGCCAUAAGUUGCUCAAAGCUUAUCGAGUUGCCUAAGGAGCUGGGCAAAAAGGAGUCUUGGAAAAUUCUCCUUGCAGACGGAACUGCCAUAAGUUGCUCAAAGCUUAUCGAGUUGCCUAAGGAGCUGGGCAAGAUGGAGUCUUUGCAAAUUCGCCUUGCGGACGGAACUGCCAUAAAUCUGUCAUUCUCUACGACUGAAGAAAGGUUUUCAUACUUCUGCCUCUCGGAUGAUGCUAUUCUUAGGGAUCUUGGCAGGCUAUCCUUGUUGAAAGAAUUGAAUCUAAGUGGAAACCCAAUCUCUAGCCUACCAGAGAGCAUCAAGAAGGGUCUCAAUAUGCUCAAGUCACUUAAAUUACGGCAUUGCAGAAAACUCAGAUCACUUCCAGAGCUUCCAAUGACUAUAAACUACUUGGACUUGCGCAAUUGCAGGUCAAUGGAAAUGGUAGCAAAUUUACCAAACAUGUUGAGUUCUCUGCUGUUUAUCAUGCACGGUUGUAGCAAACUAGUUCAAGUUCAGGGAGUGUUCAAGUUAGAACCCAUAGGAACCGUUGACGCAGAAAUGGUCAACAUUUUGGGCCUGUCAAUCUUCGAAUUGCUGGGAAAUGUCAAGGUGAACUUGUACAAUAACAUGACUUUUACAGAAAGGAAAGUUCGCCUCCAGGGACUCUACGAAUUUGGAAUGUUUAGCACAUUUGUUCCAGGGAAUGAGGUUCCAGUCACAUUUAGCAGUAAGAGCACUGGGUCUUCAAUAUGUUUUAACGUGCCUUCGAUUCCUAAUCUCAAGAUUCGAGGCUUGAAUGUAUGUGUUGUCUAUGCAAAUGCUGGCCGACAUUCCAGUUAUAUGAGAGAAAUGUAUUGGAAUAUGUUAUAUAUUACAACGAGCAAUGAGACCAAGGAGCUGAAGUGGAAAUAUAGCCCAACCUUUGUAGGGAUUCCGGAUGACAACAAAUAUAUGAUAUGGUUAUGCCACUGGAAGCUGGGGAAUACGUUGGAAGUUGGCGAUGCAGUGAAAGUUUCAGUAGAUUCAGGGGAUUAUUUUAAGAUAAAGGAAUUUGGAAUCGAUGUUGUGUAUGAGCAGAAAGAGAAUGGUAUCUCAAACAACGCCUGUGUUUGUUGUCAAGAAGAAGUCAAUAAUGGAGCACUGUUAGCAUAUCAUUUGAGUGGCGACUUCCUUUGCAAUUUUGUCCAUCAAAAACGCUUCACAGAUUUUGAUGCAACCAGUGGCGCCAAAGCAAUGGAUAUAACAGAAAUUGAAGAAUAGAAUACAGUUUUAGCAUUGGGGAAAAGACUUGCACCAAGGAUUCUGGGGAAAAGACUAGGACCAAGCAGUGAAAGCAUGUCAUAUUCUUGUGAAUUCAAAUUGAUGUAUUCUUAAUUCAUUUUAUUAUAAUUAUUGUGUAUUUAUAUUAUAUUGAUGUAUUAUUCACUAAUGUACUCUAAAUUUGUAAUAAUAAAAUUUGAUGUUGUGUU